AUGGCCCGUCAAUCAUUUGCAACGCUGCCGCCCGAGAUACGCGUGUGUAUUGCCGAACGCUUAGAUCGAGAUGAUCUCCUCAGCCUUGGCGGCGUCAACAAGAAUCACUUCGAACUUCUGCGACCUAAGAUUGUUGGCUACCGGCUUCUCUGCGCAUUAACCCAGAGAAAUGAAACUCUUGCCAUAGAGAUCCUACAGAAUAAUUUGCAAACCGACUUAAAUGUACGCUGUCGCAAACACAUGUCGGCAAUCCACAUUGCUUCUUCAAAUGGAUUCAAAGAAAUUCUCCGGCUUUUACUCGUGGAUCGUGGACACAAAUACCUUCUUGAUGCCCGUGAUAUUCACAAGAACACGCCCCUGAUAUAUGCCGCUCGUUAUAGCGACGACGAGACCAUAUCUUUUCUUAUUGAAAAAGGGGCUGACAUCAAUGCGCAAAAUGUUUAUGGGGAAACCGGGCUUCAUUUGGCAAGCUCUCGAGGAAAAGAGGUGGCUGUGAACCGCUUAUUAGAAGCAAACGCCGCGGUUUCCGUAGCCAAUACAGCUGGAAUGACACCACUUUGGUAUGCUACUACACGGCAGUAUGUAGCUAUCGCAAAACGCUUGGUGGUAGCAGGCGCAACUAUUCCUUCUCGAAAUUCCGGCGGGGACACGGAGCUGCACCUAGCAGCACGUUUCAACAGUUUUGAACUAGCAAAGCUAUUUCUCGAUAAAGGGGCUGAUCCAUCUGCUUUUGACAUAGCUGGAUGGACGCCGCUGAUCUGGGCUGCCUGGAAUGGCAAUGCGGAAUUGGCAUGGAUUUUAAUCUUGAAUGGGGCUAAUGUGGUGGCGACCGAUAAAGAUGGCAGUUCAGCGCUAGACUUUGCAAUCCGAGCAGGCCACACCGAAGUCUCGGAUCUCUUAAGGGGUCAAAUAGGCGGCUGA